CUUAUUUUCUUAUUAUGCCUGUUUUUCCUGUCAUUUAAAGGCACGCUAAUGUUGGGACCCAACUCAGAAGCUACAAGGGAGAUAAAAGAAUUUAACGAAAACGAGAACAGGAACUGGAAGCCUGACCUUUCAACUCUGAUAGCCACACCCUGGUGCGACUCCGGCUCGCGCCGCACAGCUUCUGUUCUUUGCGACCUCCUGAAAAGGGACGGCACUCCUGAUGGGUUGUCCACCCGGGGUAUAGUGCAGCAGCUACUUGGGAAGCUGCGAGACAAAUUCGGACUCACGCUGAAAGUUGCCUUCGAGUUUGAAUUCAUUGUCCUGAAAGAGGAUACUUUAGAACCUCUCGGGGGUAACACCAAGGAGCUUUUAAAUCUUCGUAAACAGAAUGUCACUUUGACAUUUUCUACGACCUGUGCGAGACGCUGGAGAAGGCGGGUCUGCACGUGACGUCCUUUUACCCUGAGUCUUGUCCGGCCAAUGGGAGCUCAACUUUGACCCCAUGGACGACAUCAAAGCUGCCGACAUGGCGUUCCACGUGAAGAACGCUGUCAAGAUCUUCUUCAAGCGGCGCGGCUACACGGCCACCUUCAUGUCGGUGCCUGAUGGCAAGGAGUGGACCAGCGGCCUUCACCUCAACCACUCUCUGUGGACUGCGGCCGGCCAGAACGCCAUGGUGGACGACCAGAGGAAGGACGCCAUCUCCGACCUCGCACUGCGCUGGAACGCCGGCAUCCUGAAGCACGCGCGGGCUCUAACAGCACUGUGUUGUCCCACCAUCAACUGCUACCGACGCUUGCAUAAAUUGUUCUGCCCUUCUGACAACACCUGGGCUGUGGAACGUCGCACAGGUAUGACCCGCUUCAAGGUGGGCAACAACGACGUGUACCUCGAGAAUCGCCUCCCUUCCGCCGCCGCCAAUCCUUACCUGGUCGUAGCGAGUCAUUUGGCAGCAGGAAUGGCGGGACUGGAGGCCGCAGAAAUCGAGCUGCCACCGGAAAUGGAUACUGCAAAUGCGCAGAAGCUUCCUACUUCUUUGGGAGAGGCGUUGGACUUCCUCGAGCAGGAUGAGGUGAUGAUGGAGGCUUUGGGGCGACGAUUUUUGUCGUGUUUUCUCAUUGCAAAGCGAGACCUCGAGCUUCAUCAAUACAGUCUUGUCUCGCCGGCCACAGAGGAGGAGAAAAUUAAGCAUGAGAGAGAGAAAUACCUUCUCAGCCUGUAGGUAUUUGUCUCCCUAUAUGUAAUACUCGACAGAAGGAGGAGGCGCCCUACGUCGUAAAAAGUAGGAAACUCCAUAACAGGAAACGAGCGCACGAGAGAGCGACAUGCGCACUUGGCACCCUAAAUAAUUUAUACAGAGGAAAAGGACUGAAAACAUUGUCAUCCUGACCAACAUCCUCCGUUACAACAA